CAGGGGUGGAGGGAGAAGGCUGGGGAAGUGACACUCAAGCAGAGCCCUGUAACACACCAAUCCCUCUGCCUGCAGCGAACAAGAAGAAAAAGAGAAAGAAGAAGUCUGUCUCUUUGUCCUCUUCCUCUUUUUCAGAUGACUGUGGAUAAAUCUCACCAACUGCAAAUAUGAAAGUGUGCGUCGUGCUGCUCGCAGAUAUGGGCUACGAGAGGCUGCAGAAGGAGAAGACUGGACCCUGUUUUGGACCGACUGCUCUGUCUCACUAGACAGGGUCAUGGAUAUGAAGCGUUACCAGAAAAUCAACCAUUUUCCUGGCAUGAAUGAAAUCUGCAGGAAGGAUUUACUCGCACGUAAUAUGAACCGUAUGCUGAAACUCUUCCCGAAGGAGUACAACAUUUUUCCUCGCACAUGGUGCCUCCCUGCAGAUUAUAGUGACUUCCAAGCCUACACCAGAGCCAAAAAGCACAAAACGUAUAUCUGCAAGCCAGACUCAGGUUGCCAAGGUCGUGGUAUCUAUCUUACCAAAUCCAACAAGGAUAUUCGGCCAGGUGAACACAUGAUUUGCCAGGUGUAUAUAUCCAAGCCGUUCAUCAUUGAUGGGUUCAAGUUUGACCUGCGCAUUUAUGUGCUAGUGACCAGCUGUGACCCCUUCGGCGUCUUCAUGUACAACGAGGGACUAGUCCGUUUCUGCACCACUGAAUAUAAUGAGCCCACUGGCAGCAAUUUGGAGGAUGUUUGCAUGCACUUAACUAACUAUGCCAUCAACAAGCAUAGUGAAAACUUUGUACGUGACGAAGAUACCGGCAGCAAACGAAAACUCUCCAGCUUCAAGAAGCACUUGGAAGCCAUGUGCUAUGAUACUGAGAAGAUGUGGAGAGACAUUGAAGACGUCAUCAUUAAGACACUAAUAUCUGCCCACCCCAUUCUCAAACACAAUUACCACACCUGCUUCCCCAAUCAUGCAUCUGGCAGUGCCUGUUUUGAGAUCCUCGGAUUUGAUGUGCUACUGGACCGUCGACUUAAACCUUGGCUUCUUGAGGUCAACCAUUCCCCUAGCUUCACCACAGACUCCCGUUUAGAUCGGGAGGUGAAGGACGGUCUGUUGUAUGACACUUUGGUGCUGAUUAACCUGGGAGCCUGUGACCGCAGGAAGAUCACAGAAGAGGAGAAGCGCCGGGUAAAAGAGAGACUCCAGCAGAACCGCUCUAGAGAGGCCAGGAAUGAGGAGAUUCGUCAGUCUCAGGCUGCUAGUAUGGAGCAGAUGCAGAAAUAUGAGGCAAAGAACAUGGGUGGAUUCCGGCGGAUCUUCCCUCGGGAAGGAGGGGAGCAAUACGAAAAGUAUUUUCAACACAGCAGCUCUCUCUUCCAGGAAACUGCAGCCUCCAAAGCCAGGGAGGAGUGUGCCAGGCAGCAGCUGCAGGAGUUGCGUCUGAAGCAGGAACAGAAAGAACGGGAAAAGAAAGGAUCGCGUAAGCAGGAUCUUCAAGGUGAAUCUGCUGGAGAAAGAGCAAAACCAAAAGGAAUUCUGCCUCCUCACCAAAACCCCAAUGCACUAACACCUAUGUUAGAUCAGACCACAUUGAGGGGAGAGACACCUGUUGCUCUUGACGUAAUAGAGGAAGAGGAGGCAGAGAGAGUCAGUGAACUUCACCAACGAGAGACUCUGCUGCUGAACAUGGGUGUGGUUAACCAGGUGCGCCAGCUACUUCAAAGUGCCAAUCAUCUUACUGAACUUAUCAAACACUCACAUGAACAAGCCAGCUUUUCCCCACACUGCAGACAUGAUCACAAGUUGGACUCCAUUGCAGAGAUGUCUUGGAGACAGAAGAACAUCUGCACUAUCAUGCAGCAGGUGUCUACAAAAGCCAAGCCCUGUCUGCGGUGUGUGCAUUCCCAACCGCUGCAAAACCGAAAGCCGUGGCCCUCUCUGGAACAUGGUCUGCUCCAGCCAGUCCAGACUGAACUGGGUGGUUUGGCGCACUGUGGAGCAGAAGAGAUGGCGGCGUCAAAUGCAGAACGACAAGCAUCUGCUGGUCUAAUGAAAGCUGCUAGUGCUCAGCGGAUACCUUUCACAAUAGGUGGGUCUUUCUCUUGGCGUCAGAGCAGUAUGAGUUCCUCUUCGGCCGAGUCAAGAGCGAGAGCGUCAAUGUUAGGAGUGCCUCCCCUCGUUCCAAGGCGACCACAGGGUGCCGGGAUGCUCCGUGACCCCAAGUCUCUCUACGUCAUUUCCAUCCCUGCUCCUCUUGUCCCAAGGCCACACCUCUCUCACGCCAUUCGAAAGGCCCCUCGCAGAGUCCCCCCACAUGAGCACAGCCACUGACUCAGGACGUGUACAAGCUCAUCAUAACCAAGUAAAUCAAUACAAUAAGUAUAGACUAAGGAAACUGUUCAGUGAGAUGUCAGUAUGAGUCAGGAGUACAAGGUGCACGAGAAGGUGUGCCUUCACUGUCUGUAUUCCAUACUGGAAAUGUGAAAUUUCGCUCUGCUAUUUUCAAUAUAAAGCAAUUUCUCAGGUUUGUCAACUUUUUUCUGUAAAUCGGUUAGUUAGUCAGGAAACUUGAUUUUGGACAGUGGGCUGGUGCCUGCUGUAGCCU